AUGGGGCAACAUACCCCGUCUGUCAGAGAAAACCUCGACAUAGAAACCAAAAAUGGCAUGAUAGCGACCGGGAAGGCAGAUGCCGCGCUCGAGUUCCUUCGCACAGAAAAUGAAGACAUCGCAGUCCUAACAGAGGUAGAUGAGAAGGCGCUCGUGCGAAAGAUCGAUUGGAUGAUCAUGCCGUUGAUGUGGGCGGCGUAUAAUCUUCAAUAUCUCGACAAAGUGCUCAUCAACUAUGCAUCCGUCAUGGGCUUGCUCAGCGACACAAAUAUGCACACUAAUCAAUUCUCCAACCUCACGCUUGCAUUCUACGUGACCUAUUUGUUCUUCGAACUUCCGACUGGAUUUCUCAUGCAACGCCUGCCCACUGCGAAGUACUUGGGAUUCAAUGUUACAAUAUGGGGACUUAUGACGACCUUGAACUGCACUGCAAAGAACUUUCCAGGCCUGAUGGUUCUUCGCGUGUUGCUUGGAUGUUUUGAAAGUGCGAUUGCACCCGCAUUGAUCCUCAUCACGUCGAUGUGGUACAAGAGAGACGAACAACCCCAAAGGAUGGGUAUCUGGUAUCUAGGCACAGGAACAGCCUCGAUAAUGGGCGCCCUAGUAGCCUAUGGUCUCCUGUUUUACACAUCAGACCAAUUCAAGCCCUGGCAGAUAAUGUUCCUCAUCUUCGGCUUGAUAACCAUCGCCGUCGGCAUCAGCAUUUUCUUUUUCCUCCCCGACAACCCCAUGACUUCACGUCUAACGCACGCAGAGAAAGUCCUCGCAAUCGAACGCCUCCGCGAGAACCAAACCGGAAUUGAAAAUAAGCAUUUCAAGCGCAGCCAGUUCACGGAAGUCUUCCGCGACCCGCAGACGUAUCUCAUUGCCAUCAUCGUCACAGCCAUGGACGUCCCCAAUGCAGCCAUGAGCAGCUUUACCUCGCUUAUCAUCCAAAACUUCGGAUUCACGACCAAAGAGACCGAAUUGCUGAAUAUCCCCAAUGGCGCUGUAAGCAUAGUCAGUAUCCUUGCUGCAUCGUACUUCGCAGGCCGAUACAACCAGCGCUGUCUAUGUAUUGCGAUGUCGCUAGCGUGCGGUUUGUUGGGCGGGUGUCUGCUUGCUUUUUCGCCCAAGGAAAUGAAAGGCGCUCAGCUUGCAGGGAACUAUUUGACGCAGGUCACUGGCUCUGCGCUGCCGAUUAUGUACUCGCUUGCUGGAGCCAAUGUUGCCGGUCAUACGAAAAAGGUCUCGAUGAAUGCUAUCUUGCUUAUGUCUUUCUGUUUGGGCAAUAUCCUUGGCCCACUUACGUUUCGCACUGAGGAUGAACCGGAUUAUAUUCCUGCCAAGAUUGCCAUUGUCGUUACUAUCUCGGUGGCGAUUGUGUUUACACUUGCGUUAAGGACUUAUUAUAUUUUGGAAAACCGGAGGAGGGAUAAGAAUCGUGAAGGGGAGGUUCAUCAAGAGAAUUCCGAGUUCUUGGAUAUGACAGAUCGGGAAAAUCGCGAGUUCAGGUACAAAAUUUGA